CCGAUGAUGCUGGUGACGGUGAUGAGUCCACACGCUUCUUCUUCUUCUUCUGUCGAAGCCAACGCCACUCGAAUCCAUUUGAGUAUGCCCGUGACGCAGGCGGACGCGUCCGUGUAUUUGGCGGCGCUGAGCAGCCGCUCCUUGCUGCUCGUGCUGCCCCGCUGCGUCCAACUCCUGCUGCCCAAAGCCAACGGCACGGGCGGCUACUCGCUACGCGUGGCGGUCACCAGCUCCAGCGCAUCCAUCGUCCCCGAACCUGACAUCAGUCGCCCCGAGGUCAUCCCCGGCUACCAGAUGCGCGUCUCCAACGGGAGCGCCACCAACGCCACCUACGUGGUGGCCACGCUGCCGCUGCCCAGCUGCGUACUGCGCCCCGAGGAUUGGCUCUUGCCGGUCCGCGCAUCGGCGGUUAACGGCAGUCGCGAGUUUCCCAGCGGCGACGUCGGCGUUCUUGCUAGCGACGUCGGCGGCUUGACGCCGGAGCAGAUCGCCGCGUUCACAAAUCUCAGCCGCGAGUUGGGCCUCGGCUUCGACACCGUCGCCGCUUUCUUCGGCCAGGCCAACGCCACGGCGAACCUCACCGCCGCCUCGAGGCUGGCCGAGGUUGGUGAGCGGCUGCGAUUGACCGCGGAGCAGGUCGAGGCGCUGAGCACGAGAGCCGUCGGUGUCGGAGCGACGGCGGCGGCGGGCGAGAGGUCGCCGCCACCGGCGUCUCGGCCCGAGCGAGCUCUGGCCGGGAGUGCCGACGGACGCCAGAUCGCGCGGGAUUGGCCCACGCCGCAGGCGACGCGCGUGGCCGUUUCAUUUUCCGCCACGACCGCCGCCCCGGUGGCCCUCGCUACCUCGGGAGGAUCGCCGCCGCCGCCGCCGCCGAGGCUCGCGUCCACCGGGGCGGGCGUCACCGCGAGCCGCGCCGAGCUGCUGGGCAACCUGACGGCGCUGCUGGGCGACCUACAGAGGCUCACGGCCACCGGCGACGGGAACUUGACCAGCGAGCGCGCCGUACCGCUGCUGGGCAGAACGUCCGCGAUGUUGAACUCCCUGGGGGCUUUGAGAGACGGCGGCGGCGGCGUGCGGGACGACGCCGCCGCCCCAGGCGCUGCCGAGGAUGAGGAGCUGCUGCGGAACGGCACGGCGGUGUUGACGCGCUGGUUUCCCGUCCUCGUCGACUUUGCCCGCUCCGCGGAUCGCGUCCCGACGGUCACCGAUGAACCGCCGCCGACGCGCGCGACCGGCGGCGAGGCCGCCGCGAGUCCGCCGGGCGGCUCGGGGUCUCGCCCCGUCGCGCCGCUAAGCGACGCCGUGCGGCUCCGGUGGAGGGCCAUGGUGGAGCCCGGCCAGAGGGCGGCAGCUGCCCAGCCGGGUGACCUCUUUCGCCUCGGCGCGGAGGAUUGCGUCAAGAAACUGGAGUCGAAUCCCGGCGACGUGAACUGCAAUCCCUUGCUGGACCCAAGCGCCUUCUACCGGGUGAACCUGUACGUGUUUCUGAACGAUACGGCGGUGGCGGAGACCGGCUGGUCGGGACCCCUUCAGCCCCAUCAAAAGCCCAGUGGGAUGCCCGCGAGCGUGCCGGUGUUUGGCGGACGAUCGGGCGGCAUGGUCGUGAUCACCGUCAUCCUCAUGGUGCUGCUCUUCCUGCUGCUCCUCGUCUUCAUCGUCUCGCUCGUCGUCAAGCGCUGACGGAGCGAAUCGACGCAGCCACCGCCGCCAACCCUUGCACGGCCACCACCACGGCCGCUCUGACCGCGUCUCCAUCCAGCGGUGGAGCAGA